AUGCUCCUGGAGAAGAGCCAAGCAAGGGCGCAGCGGUUCGAGCACUUUGUCUUGGAGUACCUUCUGAAGGUGCCCGAGGGGCCAUCUCUCAACCUCUCGAACGAUCAGGAGUGUACUCCGUCCGCGGCCUCUGCAGCUGCAGGAAUCCCGCGGAAUGGGCAUCUGCCCGCCGAAGAGCUCACGGGCCUUGUGAAGCCCAGCAAUGCAGCUGUGUCUCAGCUUGAUGAGGAGAUCGCUGAAGUCGAAGCUCUGCUGGUGCAAUCGAUGCAAAGAGCGGCUGCCUUGAAGAAGGAGGCCUCAUCGCUUGCCGGGCAGCUGGGCCUCAUCGAAGCUGCUGAGGAAACAGCAGGCCACACGGGUCUCCCCGCGCUGGCAGCGGAACUUGCUUUCGUGGCGAGGAAGGUCAACAAGCUCACCGGCAAGGAAAACCGCGAUUACUUCGACUUCAACCAGCAGGUCUCCCAGACGAAGCGGCGUGGCUUCCUCGAGGAUUGGGAGGAGGAAGAAGCUGAGCCUUGGCCGGAUACACCGAAGCGGCCGCGUUUCGGCUUGCUGGGCUGA